UGUUGUUUUCAUAGUCGUCUAAUAAUUGCAUGUUUUCUUUCUACAGUGGAUCGCAGCUCCAAGAGGAGGCAAGUGAAGCCUUUGGCAGCUUCACUGCUGGAAGCUUUAGAUUAUGAUAGUUCAGAUGACAGUGAUUUUAAAGUUGGAGAUGCUUCAGAUUCUGAAGGAAGUGGUCGUGGGAGUGAAGAUGCAUCGAAGGACAGUGGUGAAGGUUCCUGUAGUGAAUCAGAAGAAAAUGUCUUGGAGGAAGAAUUGGCAGAAGUGAAAGUAGAGGAAGAUCAGCAAUCCAAACCUUCCACUGGAGAAGCAAUGCCUACAACAGAAAAAGAUGCGAUUAAGACUGAAAAUAAAGAACAGGAGGAGGAAGAUGAGAAGCCAAAAAAGAAAAAAGAAAAAGAGAAAGAAAAAGCAAUUGAAUCUGAUGCUGCUGCUGCUCCUGCUGCUGAUGAGCAAGCAAAUGAACCGAAAAAGUGGAAUUUGCGUAGGAACCGACCUCUGCUGGAUUUUGUAUCAAUGGAAGAACUAAAUGAUAUGGAUGAUUAUGACAGUGAGGAUGACAACGACUGGCGACCUACUGCUGGGAAGAAGAAAGGAAAAACUGCACUGCGGAAAGAGGGAAGUGAUGGAGACAACGAGGAGGAUGAAGAUGAUGGAAGUGGUAGUGAUGAGGAAGACAAUGAUGAGGAAGGCAAUGAGGACAACAGCAGCACUGCUAGUGAUGGUGGAUCCAAGAAGAAGAAAAAUAAAGUUCUUAGCAGGACUAGUGCUGAUGAUGAAGAACUGACAAAUGAUAGCCUGGCUCUUUCACAAAGCAAGAGCAAUGAGGACUCGCUGAUCCUUGAAAAGUCUCAAAACUGGACCUCCCAGAAAAUGGACCAUAUUCUGAUUUGCUGUGUUUGUCUUGGGGAUAACAGUGAAGAUGCUGAUGAAAUAAUCCAGUGUGACAAUUGUGGCAUAACUGUGCAUGAAGGUUGCUAUGGUGUUGACGGAGAGAGUGAUUCUAUUAUGAGCUCAGCUUCGGAAAACUCCACUGAACCUUGGUUUUGUGAUGCAUGCAAAUGUGGGGUAUCUCCUAGCUGUGAACUAUGUCCCAACCAAGAUGGAAUCUUCAAGGAGACAGAUGCUGGAAGGUGGGUCCACAUUGUUUGUGCCCUCUAUGUUCCAGGAGUGGCAUUUGGAGAUAUUGACAAGCUGCGGCCAGUAACUCUUACCGAAAUGAACUAUUCUAAAUAUGGUGCCAAGGAAUGCAGUUUCUGCGAAGAUCCUCGUUUUGCCAGAACUGGUGUUUGCAUUAGUUGUGAUGCUGGCAUGUGUAGAGCGUAUUUCCAUGUGACCUGUGCUCAGAAAGAAGGCCUGUUGUCAGAAGCAGCAGCAGAAGAGGACAUAGCAGAUCCUUUUUUUGCUUAUUGCAAACAACAUGCAGACAGGUUAGACAGAAAAUGGAAACGGAAGAACUACUUGGCUUUACAGUCUUAUUGUAAAAUGUCCUUGCAGGAAAGAGAGAAACAGCUCUCGCCAGAAGCGCAGGCCCGGAUCAAUGCCAGAUUGCAACAGUAUCGUGCCAAGGCAGAAUUAGCUCGUACCACCAGGCCUCAGGCAUGGGUACCCAGGGAGAAGCUGCCACGACCACUCACUAGCAGUGCUUCAGCCAUACGUAAACUGAUGCGCAAAGCUGAGUUAAUGGGAAUUAGUACAGAUAUCUUUCCAGUGGACACUUCAGAUACAAAUUCCAGUGUGGAUGGAAGGAGAAAACAUAAGCAACCGGCUCUCACUGCUGAUUUUGUGAAUUAUUAUCUUGAGAGAAAUAUGCGCAUGAUUCAGAUCCAAGAAAAUAUGGCUGAACAAAAGAACAUUAAGGAUAAACUAGAAAAUGAACAAGAAAAGCUUCAUGUGGAAUAUAACAAGUUGUGUGAGUCUUUGGAAGAGCUUCAAAAUAUGAAUGGAAAGCUACGGAAUGAAGGACAAGGAAUAUGGACUCUCCUGGGUAGAAUCAUUGGACAGAAAUUGAACAUACCAACAAUUUUGCGAGCACCCAAGGAGAGGAAACCAAGUAAAAAGGAAGGAGGAACACAAAAGAUGUCUACUCUUCCAGCAGUACUUUAUAGUUGUGGAAUUUGUAAGAAGAACCAUGAUCAACACCUCCUCUUACUGUGUGAUACCUGUAAACUACAUUACCAUCUCGGCUGUCUGGACCCUCCUCUUACAAGAAUGCCAAGAAAAACUAAAAACAGUUAUUGGCAGUGCUCAGAGUGUGACCAGGCAGGCAGCAGUGACAUGGAAGCAGAUAUUGCCAUGGAAACUUUACCAGAUGGGACUAAGAGAUCGAGAAGGCAGAUUAAGGAACCAGUGAAAUUUGUUCCACAGGAUGUGCCACCAGAACCAAAGAAGAUUCCAAUCAGAAACACGAGAACUAGAGGACGAAAACGAAGCUUUGUGCCUGAAGAAGAAAAGCCUGAGGAACGUAUUCCUAGAGAAAGACGGCAAAGACAGUCUGUUCUACAAAAGAAGCCCAAGUCAGAGGAUUUAAGAACAGAAUGUGCUACAUGCAAGGGGACUGGAGACAAUGAAAAUCUAGUCAGGUGUGAUGAAUGCAGGCUCUGCUACCAUUUUGGUUGUCUCGACCCUCCUUUGAAAAAAUCUCCAAAACAGACAGGCUAUGGAUGGAUUUGUCAAGAGUGUGAUUCUACUUCCUCUAAAGACUCCGAACCAUCAAUUGAAGUAGUCUCAGAGGCCCCAGGUAAUGUGGCACCCUCUUCCUCAAGAAGCAGCUCUGAAGAGCAGGUAGCGGUGGCACAGAAACAUCCAGAAGAGGAAGAUGAAAAUGAAGCUAAGGAAGAAAAUUCACCUCAAGACUUGAACAUGGAAGAGAAAAAUUCAAAAAAAUAGAAAUUUUUUGUCAUGUGUGAAAUAUUUACAAGUUGUGUAAUAGCAGUUAAAGUUUCUCAUUGUAAAAUUUACUGAACAUUCUCAAUAAAGUCAUUGAAAAUUAAAAUUCAUGCUGCACUGGGGAAUUGUGUAGGUGGCUCUUAGUGACAUUCAUGAUUAUAUUAAAAUGUUGAAUUUUCAAGACUGAUACAGAAUACCUAUUAAAGUGGAAAAGCUUUUUGAAAUAUGUGCAUAAGGACAAUGUGAUCCUCAUUACAGAUAACGCUUGAUACUCAAACUUGUCAAACUUUUUCAGUGUACCAAACAGUGCACAUAUUGAAAGGUCAGUGAUAAUUCAAAUCAUUCAGGUAUCUCUGAGCAUAAAUGCAUAAUUAUUUGCAUUUGACACCUAAGUGUUUGGAUAAAUGUAUGACUAAUUAAAUUAGAAUCUGAACAUUUCUUUUUACACACCACUGAUGUAAAACUUAAAUAUGAAUAUAAGAAUGGUUUUCAACGCAUCUCCUUAAGAACUAUUCCUAGGCAGAAAAUGCUGUCUGCUUUGUAUGUCAAGUCAUUUUAAAUGUUUUAUACUGCAUUAUUAUUUUCCUUAAUGUAAACUGCCUCCCUCUCUGAUGACCAGUGUCUUUGAUAAGACUGAGGUUUCCCUGUUAUUUCCCAUUAAGUUCUAAUCCCUCUGUCAUGAUCAGGCUAAUGGAAAAGGAUUAGAUAAACUUGCAUUAUCACUACUCCUUAACUUAGCAAUAGCAACUCCAGAACACUUCUCUACCAAGGUUAGGUAUGUUGCUUUAAGACUUUUUGGUCCAUGCUGGCCACUGAAAGCCUAAUAAUGAACAUCCAAAUUUAGGUUUGCUACAAAACACAAUGGAGCAUUACAAAAUGAACCACAUUAAUUCUACUCUGAGAUAUGAGUAAUAUUCAUUGAAGAGAAUGAAAGUUAUUCAUGAACUGAUAUAGGAGAAUCUAACUUUAGGUUGACCUUUUCACUUUUCUAUUACCCUGCACUUUCAUUGGUAUUGCUGCAUGUUCCUUAAUAUACUAUAGUCUUAUGUUAAUUCUCUCCCCCUCCUCCAUGCAUGAAAAUGUUUUCCAUUUCAGGAAUAUUUUCAAAUGUGCAUAGAUUAAGAGAAAAAAAGGCUCAAAGAAUAUCCUGUAAUCACUGCAGUUUCUCUUCUGAUCCUGGAGGUUCAAAUCUAUGUACUCUUGGACACAUUUCAGCCAUAAACUAUAACUGUAAUAAGCCCUAUUUUUAAAUAAAAGAAAACUUUCAUAUAUACUAUUAAACUGAGAUCAUGUCUCCCA